AUUUCUUGAGUCCAAAAUGCAAAUAUAUUUAAUUUAUACUAAAAAAGCAGAAAAUUUCAUCAAAUGUUUGACAUUUUACCAAAAUUGUACUAAUCAACUUGUUAUUUGAACUACAGAAAACACAUUUAUCGUAAUGCUUCGGUGCUCUAAUCAUAUUCAGUUACAAUACAAUGAGCAACACAAACGAGCGCAGCAACAAGGACAGCUUUGAUUUCUAUUUUUCUUUGUUCCUGCAGUACAAACACUAGCAGCAGUGCUCAGGUGAUGGAAUACGACAAACACAUCUCUGCAGUGAAGCGACAGACCAGGUGGAACAGGCCGGGAGUCUGCGGUUUGGACAACUCUGGGAACUCCUGCUACCUGAACGUUGUGCUGCAGUGUUUGUGCUCCACCGUGCCCCUCGUGGAGCAUCUCCUUAAUCAGGACACACGCAGAGACCUGGCAAAGUUUGCUGAGCGGUUUCACCUCUGUUUACGCAGGUCUAAGUGCCGCUUUGCUGAAGUGUUUGUCCGACUGCUGGAGGAGAUGUGGCUGGGAAGGAGCUCCAGCUGUGCCCCCCUGGAGGCCCGCUCGGCUUUGUCCUCCAUCCUCCCCCAGUUUAACAACUACUCCCAGCAGGACGCCCAGGAGCUGCUGCUCUUUCUCCUCAACAUGCUUCAUGACGACCUCAAGAAGGUCGCAAAGCGGCAGACGCGCUCCUCGAUGCGACAGCCGAGACCAGAGCAGAACAGAAACUGCGGCUCUGACUUCACCAUCGUCUCACAUCUGUUUGAGGGCCAGCUGAGCUACAUGACCCUCUGCAUGCACUGCGACCACCAGGCGCACAGCAAGCAAACCUUCACCGUUCUGUCGCUGCCGAUUCCAACAGGCAUCACUAAAUGCUCCGUUCAGGUACCUUUCACCAGCUGCAGGUGCUUCCAGAUCCUCUUUUCAAACACCACAGUUUCACACACUGGUGGCCUUGCCGUUCGGUGCUUCCUCGUCUUUAUUUCUGUCUGCUUGUGUAGGAUUGUUUGUCGCUGUUCUUCGAGCAGCGUCCUGACAGGCGGAGAGCAGAUGUUGUGUUCGGUGUGUGGGCUGAGGAGGGAAACGGCGGUCCUCACAAGUCUGGACAAACCUCCGGAGAUCCUCCUGUUGCACCUGAAACGGUUUGGCUGUAAGGGGAAGCACCAGGUGAAACUCAGGACUAACGUUGGGUUUUCCAUGAAGCUCGAUCUCACACCGUUUCUAUCCAGCUCAGCUCAGAACGCCUCGUUUUCUUCAUACCACCUGUAUGCUGUUGUGAACCACACCGGCCACCUGAACACGGGUCACUACACGGCUCUGUGCCACAGCGCUCCGGCUCAGGUCUGGCACUGUUUUGACGACUCCAUUGUCAGAGAGGUACAGGACAGCGUGGUUCAGUCUCCAAACGCCUACAUGCUGCUCUACAGCUGCAAACCUUUCCAAAAACCAAAGAUUCACGGACUCUGAGCUCUCCAACAAGCGCCGCAAAUCCAUCCAUUUCCCUUAACGAAAGGAGAUUUAAACCGUACAACUCCUGCUUUGCUGCUGGCUUCUCCAGAAUUUCUAGAAAUUAAUGAUAAGGUUGAUCCCUGACUUGCGUGUUGCUAAUAUACUGCACAAGACACAAAAUAAAAUAAAUGAGCUUAUAAUUAGCCAGCUAAAAUACAAAAAUAUAUAUUUAAAUCAUACAUUUAUGAGGAGAAAAAAUAUGCAAGUGUCCAAAAACACAUUUUUAAAUUCAAAAUAAAAAAAACCCAUCAGAACCAACAUAGCAACUAGCAAUUAAUACGUCAAAGCAGGGUGAGUUAGAAGAACACCACUGAUGAAAUAGUGCUCGUAUAUUUAAAAUUAUGGAAAACAAAACAAAAAUAAACAAGCAUGAAGCCGUAACAAAAUCCUAACUCAGCCUGUCAUGAUUUUUAAAAAAUUCUUUAAACCACAAGAAGGAAGCGAUUCUGGUUUUCACUGAUUUCAAGAAAGGAUUCGACUCAACAGGCAGAAACCAAACGUUCUAGAUUCUACAGGCGUGUGGAAUCCCUCCUCCUGUUGUUGAAGCAAUAAAAGUUUUGUAUGUCAUCACUUCUGCGGUAGUCAAGACUCCUGAGGGCAACACAGAUCUGUUCUCCAUAGACACCGGAGUACUCCAAGGAGACCUUUCCUCUUCAUCAUCUGCUUAGACCAAGCACUGAGGAAUACAAUCUCGCCCUCUGAUGGUCUGACCCUAAAGCGUCAUCAAAGUAGAAGACACCCCAAAGAACUUGCAUUCG